AAAGGGGGAGCUGCCCCCCGCCUCGUGCCCCGGCUCCCCCCGCCGCACCAAGCCCGGAGCUGCCGCCCGCACCGAGCCCGCUACCUGCCCGCCCGCGGGAGAAGCCCAGAAGCCACUUCCUGCACCCUGGGAGGAUGGAGGUCCUGCAUCUCCUGCGCCUGCUUCUCACCACUGCCAUGCUGGGCCUCUCACAGACUGUGAACCCCUUCGUGGCCCAGCAGAACCCCCCAGACCCCUGCUACGAUGAGAAUGGUGCUCCUCGCCGCUGCAUCCCCGAAUUCGUCAAUGCCGCCUUCGGGAAGGAGGUUCAAGCCUCCAGCACAUGCGGGAAGCCCCCAACACGGCACUGCAAUGCCUCGGACCCCCGCCGAGCCCACCCACCUACCUACCUGACUGACCUCAACACUGCCUCCAACAUGACCUGUUGGCGCUCAGAGACCCUCUACCACUCACCCCAGAACGUCACUCUGACCCUUUCCCUCGGCAAGAAGUUUGAGGUGGUCUAUGUAAGCCUCCAAUUUUGCUCACCCCGGCCCGAGUCCACUGCCAUCCUCAAGUCCAUGGACUAUGGCAAGACCUGGGUGCCCUACCAGUACUACUCCUCCCAGUGCCGUAAGAUCUAUGGCAAGCCCAGCAAAGCCACUGUCACCAAGCAGAAUGAGCAGGAGGCCCUCUGCACCGAUGGCCUCACCGACCUUUACCCCCUCACUGGUGGGCUCAUUGCCUUCAGCACCCUUGAUGGGCGACCCUCCGCCCAGGACUUUGACAGCAGCCCUGUGCUCCAGGACUGGGUGACGGCCACCGACAUCCGCGUGGUCUUCAGCCGCCCCCAUCUCUUCCGGGACCUAGGCAGCCGAGAUGCUGGUGAGGAGGAUGGGGGCACUGGCUCAACCCCUUAUUACUACGCAGUGGGGGAGCUGCAGGUCGGUGGGCGCUGCAAGUGCAACGGGCACGCGGCACGCUGCAUCAAAGACAAGGAGCAGAAGCUGGUGUGUGACUGCAAGCACAACACAGAGGGUCCCGAGUGUGACCGCUGCAAGCCCUUCCAUUACGACCGGCCCUGGCAGCGGGCCACCGCCCGCGAGGCCAAUGAGUGUCUGGCCUGCAACUGCAACCUGCAUGCCCGGCGCUGCCGCUUCAACAUGGAGCUCUACAAGCUGUCGGGCAGGAAGAGUGGUGGUGUCUGCCUCAACUGCCGGCACAACACAGCGGGACGGCACUGCCACUACUGCAAGGAGGGCCUUCUAGGGGACCUCAGCAAGUCCAUCACGGACCGCAAGGCCUGCAAAGCUUGCGACUGCCACCCUGUUGGCGCAGCCGGCAAGACCUGCAACCAGACAACGGGGCAGUGCCCAUGCAAGGACGGCGUGACCGGACUUACCUGCAACCGCUGUGCCAAGGGCUACCAACAGAGCCGCUCACCAGUGGCCCCCUGCAUCAAGAUCCCUGCCAUUAACCCCACCUCCCUGGUCACCAGCACGGAAGCGCCUGCAGACUGUGACUCCUACUGCAAGCCAGCCAAGGGAAACUACAAGAUUAACAUGACCAGAUACUGCAGGAAGGACUAUGUGGUCCAGGUGAACAUCCUGGAAAUGGAGACAGUGGGAACGGGCAAGUUCACCAUCAACAUCCUUUCCGUCUACAAGUGCCGUGAUGAGCGGGUCAAGCGUGGUGACUAACUCUUGUGGAUCCACCUGAAAGACCUGUCCUGCAAAUGCCCCAAGAUCCAGAUCAGCAAGAAAUACUUGGUCAUGGGAAUCAGUGAAAACUCCACUGACCGACCAGGACUGAUGGCUGACAAGAACAGCCUAGUCAUCCAGUGGAGGGACGCCUGGACACGCCGCCUUCGGAAACUGCAGCGGCGGGAGAAGAAGGGGAAAUGUGUGAAGCCCUGAGGGGUUCUCCACC